AUGCAUAAGAUCGACGAGUGUCAUGAUCAUGUGGAAAGUGAGGAUGAGUGGGAAGAAACAACUUUAGUUGUUGAAGUUAACGGAGUUUUAGAUGCUCAAAUGGUUCGGAGAGCUGUGAGCCUUGGCCAAGUGAGCUUAAGGAGGCCAGAGACUGACAAACCAAUAUUACAAAUAGCGAACUCGCUCUAUACGGGUAAAUGGAGUAAAACUGUUGGAACGGAUAUCAUACUGGAAGCUAGCAACGGUCAAUUGAAGGUUCUUUCCACAACGGACACCAUGUUGAAAACAGAAAAAGCAUUAUUAACUGCCAUGCCAAACUCAGAUACAUCUGCCUCGCACCAACACCAGGGCGGCUCGAAGGGAGUCAAGCAAAACUGA